GGUAAUUGAAACCAACCCUAAGCUCUUUUUAUCUCCGCCCUAAAGGUAGCCCCGAUUAUUGCUGACUUAAGCAUCGGAGUGUCUACCCCGAGUUCCACCUCGGGGCUUUGUAGGUCAUCUCGGAGUGCAAGCGCGAACUGAAGAAGGACUUUUGGUUUGGUACAAUUACAUUGGCGCCGUCUGUGGGAAUCGAACUUAAAGCUUUCUAGUUGCUCUUUCAUCAUGGUUCACACUCGAUCAGUCCGAGCUGGUAAGUCAUCUCUGCCUCUUAGGCAAGGUCAACCCCCCAACAACCUUCCACCUCUGAUCCCACCUCAACUCCCACCUCAACUUACACCUCAGCUUCCACCUCAGGUCCCAACUAUAUUCCCUCCUGUUGAUCAUGCAGAGGGAGGAGAUGAAAACCAACCUCAUGCCUCAUCUCACAACUCAACUUCCACUGACAACCAAGAUGUAGUGACAGCUCAGCUUGCUGCCAUGCAACAACAGUUCGGUGUUUUUCAGUUGGGUCAAUCCCACAUCGCACCCGCUCAAGAACCCAUCCCUGAUGAUGUCACUCGACGCCUCGAUAGCUUGGAAAAGCUAGUAGCUAAACACCGAGGUGCUCCACCCCCACACCAUGCUAUUGACUCCAUACCUCACCCUCUGAAUACCAAUAUUACACUGGAACCCUAUCCUGCUAGCUUCAAAAUACCACAACUGGAGACUUAUGACGGGGCGAAGGAUCCUGAUGAUCAUUUGCAUGCUUUUUACUCUUGCAUGCAAGCUCAGAACGCCUCUGACACGUUAAUGUGCAAAAUCUUCCCCUCUACUCUCCGAGGUAAUGCCCGAACUUGGUAUUACAGUUUACCUCCGAGGUCAAUUAGCUCUUAUACAAAAAUGGCAUCUGCCUUUGCCACUAAGUUUUCCAGUAGAAGGUUGAUUAGGAAAACUACUUCUGAGCUGAUGCGAGUUAAACAGAGGGAUGGAGAAUCUCUGAAGAACUAUAUGAGCAGGUUCAAUGAUGCAGUUUUAGAGGUUAGUUCCUUUGAUCAAGCUGUGGGAAUUGCAGCUGUGAUCUCUAAUCUCAAGCAUGACAGGUUCAGAGACAGUUUGAUCAAACAUGCUGCCACCACCUUUAGCGAGGUGAACGAUAGGUCUCUGAAAUUUAUAACUGCUGAGGAGUACGCCCUGGCGCAAAACCCACCUCCCUCUAAGAACCAGCACCCAGAAUGGAGAGAUGACAAUCCGAGCAGGAAAAGGAUGAGGAUGGCGCAGAACCGAGGUCCGAUGUUAACCUCCCCACCGAGAUUCGGAAGGCCGAACUCAACAUCCCCGCAACAAUCUGUAGGUAAAACUCUAGUUAAUUGGACUCCCUUUAAUCUGCCGAGGUCACAAAUUUUUAUGCAGAUCAAGAAUAAGAUGGAUUUAAGGCGUCCUGGCCCAAUGAAAACUGCUGCUACUAGUCGAGACCACACAAAAUAUUGUGAUUUUCAUCAAGAUCACGGCCAUACUACAGAGCAGUGCAACAGCUUAAAGUCCGAACUAGAAAGUUUAGCUCAGAAGGGAAUGCUAAAUGAGUAUGUUCAGAGAGCUGAACAGCCGAGGUUUAUCAGAGAACAGAGGCCACAGGCCCAAGGAGUCCGCAAUCCCCCAAAUAGGCAAGGUGUGGGAUAUCAACAAGCCCCACCUCCGCUCCCACCCCCAGCCAGAAUCAUACACAUGAUUACGGGAGGCCUUGAAGCAGGUGGACUGAGCUCUAAGCAGCGAAAGCUGUAUGUCAGAGAGAUUAAACAUCAAAACCGGGUUCAGAAGCGGAAGAUUGACGAUGCUGAGUGGAAAAAUCAGCCCAUUACUUUCACGUCUGCUGAUCUCGAUACAGUUGUUACACUCCACAAUGAUCCCUUGGUCACUUCUGUCAUGAUUAAUAACUAUGAAGUACAGCGUGUCCUUGUUGACACCAGGAGCGCACCAGACAUCAUGUACUUCCACUGUUUCGAGAGUCUGGGACUGGAUCUAGCACUGUUGCAGAAGUAUGAUGGUCCUAUCUAUGGCUUCAACAACCAGCCUGUUCCGGUAGAAGGAGUUCUUACCCUCCAUGUGGCUUUUGGAAGUGGCAGGACCUAUGUGACUCCUUCAGUCCGGCAUAGCAACACUGCGAGGAAACCAGGAGGUGGCCAGACAUUGUUAUAUCACCUCGUGUCUCAACAUAAGCUCAGCACCAACCCGUUAAAGAAACCAGUGGCUCAAAAGCGGCGUCUCUUCGGGGGUGAGAGGCUUCAGGUUAUUAAAGAAGAGGUAGAGAAACUUCUACAAGCUGGUUUCGUCAGGAAAGUUGAUUACUGCGAAUGGGUGGCUAACCCAGUCCUGGUGAAGAAGGCAAACGUUGAAGCGGCUUCGGGCAAUGAGAGGUUAAGCCUCUUGGACGCAUAUUCUGGAUAUCACCAAGUGCCGAUGGCUCCCGAAGAUGAAGAGAAAACCUCGUUCUAUGCUGGCAAUGAAAUCUAUUGCUAUGUCAUGAUGCCGUUUGGCUUAAAGAAUGCUAGUGCUACUUAUCAGAAAAUGGUGACCAUCGUCUUCCGAGCUCAGAUCGACAAGAAUCUAGAGGUGUAUGUUGAUGACAUCGUAGUAAAGAGCCGGAAAGCAAAAGAUCAUCUAGCUGAUCUCGACGAAACCUUCAACAACCUCAGAAAGAACAGGAUGUGGUUGAACCCAGCCAAAUGUAUUUUCGGCGUGGAGUCUGGAAAGUUUCUAGGUUUCAUGGUCUCCCGAAGAGGAAUUGAGGUCAAUCCAGAGAAGAUCAAAGCAAUUGCCGAUAUGGAACCGCCGAAAUCAGUAAAAGAUAUACAGAGGUUGACUGAAAGAGUGGCAGCUCUUCAUCGAUUCAUAUCGAAGUCAGCAGACAAAUGCCUGCCAUUCUUCAAGAUUAUGAGGUCGACCGCCCAGAAGGAUGAAUCAGGAAAACAGAAGAAAUUUGAAUGGAAUCAAGAGUGCCAAACUGCAUUCGACGAGCUGAAGUCUUAUCUUAGCUCGCCACCUCUACUGACUAAGGCCAUCGAUGGGGAAAUUCUUUAUUUGUAUCUGGGAAUUUCAAAUGAAGCCAUUAGUUCAGUUCUGGUGCGAGAAGAAGUCAAGCAACAAAAACCAAUAUAUUACAUUAGCAGUGUACUGCACGGGGCAGAGCUGAGUUAUCCUAUAGCUGAGAAAGCAGCAUUAGCAGUUGUCACUUCGGCCAGAAAGUUGAGGCCAUAUUUCCAGUCACACCCAAUCAUUGUUCUCACAGAUCAACCUCUCAGGCAGAUUUUGCAGAAACCAGAGUGCUCUAGAAGAUUAAUUAAGUGGGCAGUAGAACUGGGGGAGUUUGAGAUAACGCUUCAGCAGAGAUCGGCCAUCCAAGCUCAAGCAUUAGCAGAUUUUAUUGUCGAAUGUACUCCAUGUCUUUCAACCUCUAAUCCCGAGCCCAACGACUGGACCUUAUAUGUUGACGGAGCAUCUAGUAGCAAGGGUUCAGGGGCUGGCGCUCUCUUGAUUGGUCCAGAGGGAUACCGAAGCGAACAUACCCUGAAGUUCAACUUUGAUGUAACAAAUAACAUGGCUGAAUAUGAAGCUCUGCUACUUGGCCUACAGCUAGCAUUAAAGUUAAAAAUCAGCGUAAUUCAAGUAUACAACGACUCCCAAUUGGUAGUAAACCAAAUCAACUCAAUCUGCGAAGUCGUUGAUCCUGUGAUGGUGAAAUAUGCAGCCUUGGUGUCCGAGCUGAAAUGCAAAUUCCAGAAAUUCUGUCUGAGCAAAAUCCCCCGAACUGAGAAUGAACAGGCAGAUUCACUCUCCAAGUUUGCCUCUAAUAGCUCUUUAAGUUCCAGAUCUGUUUUUGUCGAGGUCCUAGAUGAACCAAGCUUCAUAAAGCCUCGGGUGAUGGAGAUUAGCACAAACCUUGACGCGCCGAGCUGGACUGAUUCAAUCAUCUCCUUUUUGCGAGACGGAAUAGUACCUGAGGACAGGCAGGAGGUAAUGAAGUUGAGAAAGAAAGCAUCUCGGUAUACACUCGUUGAUGGGGUCCUAUAUAAGAGAUCCUUCUCACUUUCUCUUCUGCGGUGUUUAAACCCCUAUGAAGCCGAAUAUGCACUUCGAGAGGUUCACGAAGGUGUCUGUGGGAGUCAUGUCGGCGCUAGGACUCUGGCUCACAAAGUCUUAAGGCAAGGAUAUUACUGGCCAAACAUGCAUAAAGAUGCCACUUACUUUGUUCAGAAAUGCCCGAAAUGUCAAUUCUUUGCACAUCUGACUCACCAACCAGCAGAGGAGCUCACGAACUUGGUAGCACCAUGGCCAUUUGCUCAGUGGGGACUGGAUCUUUUAGGCCUGUUCGUGAAAGGGGUUGGUGGUGUAACCCAUAUGGUUGUUGGUGUUGAUUAUUUUACAAAAUAUGGGAUCCCGAAUCAGAUUGUGGCCGAUAAUGGAACUCAAUUCAAUUGCUCCUCAUUCCAAGAUUUCUGUUCUAGUUAUGGGAUCAAGUUACAGUUCACCUCCGUUUAUCAUCCGGAGUCCAAUGGUAUGGUUGAAUUUGUUAACAAAUGCAUUUUGGAAGGUAUAAGGCCGAGAUUGGAACAACAUAAGGCCAAGUGGGCAGACGAGCUCAACAACGUCCUCUGGGCAUACAGAACCACGAGCCGAAUUGCCAUAGGUGAAACACCCUACCACUUGGCCUUUGGCACCGAAGCAGUCAUUCCCGUUGAAAUAGGAGUCCCAAGCUUCCGGGUCACCCAUUUCGAUGAAGGACGAAAUGGACAACUGAUUCGGGAAAACCUUGAUCUGCUUGCCGAAGUCAGAGAGGAAGCUCGGCUUCGAACUCUUGUAUACAAGCAGAAACUAGCCAACUUCUACAAUAAACGGGUCCGCCCUCGAACAUUCAAAGUAGGAGACCUUGUUCUUAGAAAAGCUGGCUUAACAGGGUUUGAAACUCAUUUUGGCAAGCUCGCCCCGAAUUGGGAAGGCCCUUAUGCCGUGGCCGAGGUGCCACAUCCUGGUGCCUAUGUCCUCCAAGACGUUGAAGGAAAGAGAGUUCCUAGAGUUUGAAAUGUCAAUAACUUGAAGAAAUUUUACCCCUAAUAAAAUUCUUUCCAGUGAUCUAUGUCUUACUGUUCUUUACACUUCUCACUUUGUGUUUAUUGAGAUUUAUUUUACCUCUUAUUCUAUGUAUCUGAGGUCAAUCAGCUCAUUCAUUCCUUGAACCUCACUUCUGUUAAUAAAUGUCACUUCACAUA